CGAUAUACAAAUCGCGGUGUCAUGGUUCUUCCUGGGCUUCAGGUUUGGAGAUUGAUACUCUUUGCCUGCAUUCACUGGCUUUGUGUCUGUCAAGAGACUCCAAGACCGGUUUACAUGGUAGCCGUUCCUGCAGUGAUCCAGGCAGGCUCAGAGGCCAAGCUUUGUGCCAGCCUUCUGCAGCCCAACGAGACCCUGGUCAUGACCGUAUCUCUGAUGGCCGACGGGCAGAACAAGAGACUUCUCCACCAGAGUUCUGACCAAGAGUUUCACCGCUGUUUCCAGUUUCAGGCCCCUCGUGUGAAUAGCGACAAAGUGCAGAACUUUAAGGUGGAGGUUCGAGGAGAAACAUUCCUAUCAACAGAGGAGAGAAGGGUCAUGAUCAAACCCUACAGCCCCGUGACGUUCAUCCAAACGGACAAACCAAUCUACAACCCAGGACAAACGGUGCUUUUUAGAGUCGUCACCUUGGAUACCCAUUUUAGCCCCGUCAAUCAGCUGUACAACAUUGUGGAACUUGAGGAUGUUAAUCACAACCGGAUUGGACAGUGGGUCAACACUACAUCCAGUGGCAACAUUCUGCAGCUUUCUCACCCCCUGAACUCUGAAGCACCUGUAGGAUCCUAUACCAUUGUAGUGUGGAUUGGUGAAGAGAAAAUCUACCACAACUUCAAGGUAGAACAGUAUGUUUUGCCCAAGUUUGAGAUCAAAAUGAACCUCACUGACAAGAUCAGCGUUGUUCAAGAAGAGUAUGAAGUGAAAGUGUGUGCAGAAUACACGUAUGGGCAGCCUGUACCUGGUAAAGCAGGGGUCAAGUUGUGCCGACCUUUGGUGGACAAUGCAGUGAUACCAAUAACAAUUGAUGAGCGAAAUCCACAAGGAGUUCCUGAUUACACACCUCCAUGCCACAAAGAGUCAAUAGAGAUGGACCAUACUGGCUGUGCUUCUUGUGUCUUCAACAUGGCACUUUUCACAAAGAAUGCAGGAGAGAAAUUGCUGGGAGACGUGUUUAGUGUCCAUGCAGAAGUACAGGAGGAGGGGACAGGUAUUACACUGUCUGAGGAAAAAAAUGUAGAGCUCUCCUAUGUGAUUGGAGAAUUCACAUUUGUUGACACGCCCCAAAUCUAUGAGCAUGGAUCAAUUAUCGAAGGCAAGAUAAAUGCUGUUCGAUAUAACAACACACCCAUCUCUGACAUGUUAGUCUACCUGUUCGAGGAGAAAGGCUGGUCCUCAUAUCUACGACUACAGAACCUAACCACGGACAGUCGUGGUAUUGCCAGGUUCUCCGUCAACACAACCAGUCUGCCCAAAGAGAAUAUUAACCUCGUAGUGAGCGACACCCCACAAGUGGAGUACCCAGGAUACAGGGUCCCCUAUUUCACAGAGGGCAACACCUACUCUCGCUGAUCCAGCCCGCUGCCCCUGACAUUAAAACGUCCAGCUCCCUGGCUAUU